UUCAUAUCUCAGAAAGAGGCUAUAUGAAAAUGGCGACUUCUAUCCGUACAUGUGUUCCGCCGUUCUACCGUUGUUUAACAAUGAGAAAAUUUUCAACCUGUGUGCGUCCUCUACGAACUGUUACCCUGCACACGAAGGCCACUAGGUCUCACUCUGUCGCUGAAGUUUAUCGGGCCAUCAAUUGUUCAGCCAAAGACCAGGCUUUAAGACCAUCAAGGUUCCUUACAAGGAAUUUCUCCAGCCCAUUGCGAAGUAUAUGUUCCAGCCGUUAUUUGAGCUCAUCUGCUCAAGAAUCAGUCGAUGACAGCAGUAGCACCGAGGAUGAUUACCAUUCCAUCAUAAAAAGCGAUGAAUGUGCAAAAGGUUCCAGUGACAAGCAUGAGUUCCAGGCAGAAACCAGGAAGUUGUUGGACAUUGUGGCAAAAUCCCUGUAUUCACAGAAAGAGGUAUUCAUCCGAGAGUUAAUCUCCAAUGCCAGUGAUGCUCUGGAGAAGCUGCGCUACCACCAAUUGUCCACCGACACCAUCCAGGACAAAGAACUGCCCCUCGAGAUCCACAUUGCUGUUAAUGAGACUGAUAGAACGUUUACCAUACAGGACACAGGAAUAGGAAUGAAUAAGGAUGAAAUCAUUGAAAAUCUAGGAACUAUUGCCAGAUCUGGUUCCACUGAGUUCCUGAAACAAAUGCAAGAACAACCAGGCAGUGAAGUUGGCAGCAACAUUAUUGGUCAGUUUGGUGUUGGCUUCUACUCUACCUUCAUGGUCGGCACCAAUGUCGAGGUGUACACCCAGUCCUACGUACCCGGAACACCAGCCUACAAGUGGUCAUCUGAUGGCUCCGGAACUUAUGACAUCACCGAAGCCGAAAACGUCCAACGAGGAACCAAAAUCAUUGUACAUCUGAAGGGAGACAGCUACGACUAUGCACGGGAGGAAGUCAUUCAAGCUAUUGUUAAAAAAUACAGCAAUUUCGUGGGAGUGCCAAUAUAUCUGAAUGGUAAAAGAGCCAACAUGAUUCAGGCACUCUGGUUGAUGGACAACAAAGACAUCACAGCGGACAUGCAUGAAGAGUUCUACCGAUUCAUCAGUGGUACCUUCGAUAAACCACGGUUCAACUUCCUCUACAAGACUGAUGCCCCUAUCAAUAUCCGUGCCCUGUUCUAUGUUCCAGAAUACAAACCAACAUUAUUUGACAUGAGCCGAGAGACCGAUGUCAGUCUGACACUCUACAGCCGCAAAGUGAUGGUCAUGCCAAAAGCCAACUACAUCCUGCCCAAGUGGCUCCGCUUCGUGAAAGGGGUGGUCGACAGUGAAGACAUUCCUCUGAACUUAAGUCGAGAACUUCUCCAGGACAGUGCCCUGAUCAGGAAACUGCGUACUGUACUCACCAACCGAAUUCUGAAAUUCUUCGUUGAGAAAUCCAAGAAAGAUGUUGAAACUUACAUGCGUUUCUAUGAAGACUACGGACUGUUCUUCCGUGAAGGAAUUGUCACAACUACCGAACAAGAACAAAGAGAAGAAAUUGCAAAGCUUUUACGUUUUGAGUCUUCGAAAUGUGCUGCUGGCGAUAAAGUUAGUCUGGAUGAAUACGCAAAUCGAAUGAAAGCUGGUUCCCGGAAUAUAUAUUAUUUGUCAGCCCCCAGCCGAGAAUUGGCCAUGACUUCCCCUUACUUUGAAGCUCUUCAAAAGAAAGACACAGAAGUUCUCUUCCUCUACGAACCAUAUGAUGAACUGGUCCUCAUGAACCUCGGCCAGUUUGACCGCAAGAACCUGAAGUCUGUUGAAAACGAGAUCCAGGAUGACAAGGAAGACACGGAUGCUGUAGACGAAAGUGAUAGCAGCAGUCUGCGACAAGAGGAAGCAACAGAUUUGGUUACCUGGAUCAAAGCAACCUUAACUAAUAAAGUGAACAAUGUCAAGGUGACUAAAAGAUUGGUAUCACAUCCAUGUAUUGUGACUGUCGUGGAAAUGGGUUCAGCCCGACAUUUCCUUCGCACCACACUCGCAGACAAAUCACCAGAAGAACGCUACCGACUCCUGCAACCAACAUUAGAAAUAAAUGCCAGCCACCCACUAAUUAAGCACUUGUUUAGCUUAAAAACCCAAAAUCCAGAUCUGGCUGACCUGCUUAUUCAUCAACUGUACGACAAUGCAAUGAUCAAUGCCGGACUGACGGACGACCCGAGAGCCAUGGUAGGGAGACUGAACGAACUUUUGAUCAAAGCCCUGGAAAACAAGUGAGCCAGUGGGCCGUGCGAAAACACCUGCCCUACAAAUGUGCACCUGCUGUGCACCCACUGUGCACCAACAAUGCAGCAUGAAGUCAUCUGAUUAAUCACCAAUUCAUUCUUCCAACUUCCCAUUUAGUAAGAGGAGACAUUUACCAACUGCUGGCAGACUAGACUACUUCAUAAUCUUUCCCUCUCUCUCUCUCCUCUCUCACACCUCUGUUCCUCUAUCUCCCUUUCUGUCUUUCGCUUUCUAUCUAUCUCUGCCCCCCCCUCUCUCUCUUUCUCUCCCCCCCUCUCUCACACCUCUAUUCCUCUAUCUCCCUUUCUGUCUUUCUCUUUCCAUCUAAUUCUGUUCCACUCUCUCUCUCUCUCUCUCUUGUCCCUUCUUCAAUCUCCCUGUCUCUCGGCACCAUUUUUCAAUCCUCUCCUUGUCCACCAGCAGCGAUUUAUCUACCUGUUGAAUAAGUAAGAUAUCAAGUGAUGAACUUACAAAUAGAAGAAAAACAAUAAACAGAGGCCAUUUGACUAUUUGGGCUUCGUUUGUGACACUUAGCUUAAGAUAAUGAGAACAAACAACAAGACCGAACUUCAUGUUGUGAAUCUCACUACUUGACUGCACACACACACAUAUACAUACACUAUACAUAUAUGUGUGUGUGUGUGUGUGUGUAUAGUAUAGUCAUAAUAUUUUGUUGCUUUGUGCUUGUCAGAGGAUUGUCUUUGUUUUUUUUUUGUCUGGUCUGAUCAAAGAUUUCUCAAGUGCCAUACUGUCCGUACAGCAUUCAAUUCAAUGAGAUUGUGUGAAGUACUGUUUGUACACCAUACACCAUACACAAUGCUCUGUGUACACACUUGUUAAGUAAAUAAAUUACAUAUAACUCGAGUUCAAAUCACA